AUGGCUGGAGAACCUCAACCAGCGCAAAAGAAGCGCCGUUUACCCUUCAAGCCCCCAAGCCGGGCCACGAGCAGUACGGAGCCAUCCACCGCAGGCGCAUCCAAAACCCAAACCAAGACCAAACAGACCACUGCCAAAUCCUCUUCCGUUGCAUCGACCUCUAAGCCCGCGAAUCAACGCAAAUCUGCAUCCUCAAGCAAACGGUCGCGCGCUGAAUCUCCGCCCGCCUCCGACGCGGCUUCCGACUCCGGCUCGAAUGUAUCGAAUCCCAUUCGCGAGCGCUCGCUUUCCCAGGAACCGGAUUACAUCCUUGCUGAAAUCAUCACAAAUAAUGCGAAUGAGGAUAUAGCCGCGAGCGACCCCAAGAUCCCACCGAAGCUACUGACACGGCUACUACACUACCAUUUCCAGAACGAGAAGACCAAGGUCGCGAAAGAUGCAAAUGACGUGGUGGCCAAGUAUGUCGACGUCUUUGUGAGGGAGGCUAUCGCACGCGCGGCAUAUGAGCGGGCCGAAACAGAGGAAGUGGGAGGGGGAAGAGAUGUUGGCGAUGGGUUUUUGGAGGUGGAGGACCUCGAAAAAAUGGCGCCACAGCUUACCAUGGAUUUUUAA